AUGGUUAUUAAAUGCACAAAAAGGAAAAAAAAGGGCUUGCGGUUUCGAACGGGAAAAAAAGCUUUUUAUAUACCGCAUUGCCGGGCAUUGGGGCGGUUUAACGAAAUACCGUUAAUUACCAGUUACUUACGGAAUACCCCCGUACGGCGUAUACGGUUUAAAAUAAACCGUAUCGGGAAAAGGCAAUAUAUUAAAAAUACGGGCGAAACCGCUUGCUUAAAUUGUACGAAAGCGCAUGGAACGCGGAAAAUUUAUAAAAUUAACCGCGCGUGCCCAAAAAGGCACGAAAAAAAGGAAGGUUAA